ACCAUUUUAUUAUUUAUAGUAAAGAAGAUAGCAAAGUUUGAUUUUUUUUUCAAAAUCCAUAUGUGCAAAUAUUGGAACAGCUGCAAAAAAUGAAAGGCAUAGCCCCCUUUGAUAAUGAUACUUUGCCUGAAUUUGCUCUUAAUAAGUGCGAAUUGGAGUUAAAAGAAACACCAGAAAAAAAGCAAAAUGGACUUCAAGAACUGAAAAAGACGAUACAGGAGGACGUGGAAAUAAAUGACAUUGAUUUUCUCGACGAUUUCCUGAUUCAGUACCUAAGACGCCACAAAUACGAUGUCAAAGGAGCUUACAAACAAAUUAGAAACUAUGUUACUUUCCGGAAAAAAGAAGGAAAAUUAUUUCAAGGUAUCUCUGACGAGUAUUUCACGGAAGAUGGGGCAAAAAGGAUUUUAAAAGUCCUUCCUUUCAGAUGUCCCGAUGGAUGUCCUGUGGUACAUUGCCGAUUAGGUGAAUGGAAUCCUGGCAAGAUGCCAGUAGAGGAUUUCAAAAGAUUGGCCAUAUUGACGUUCUUGCAAUUGUUCCGUGAUCCAAUGACUCAAAUAAAUGGAAUCAAAACGAUUUAUGAUUUCAAAGGAACAUCACUACAGCAUCUGAAAGUAGCUACAAUCGGCAACAUGUAUCUUUAUUACACUUUAGCUUUAAAUUGCUUCCCUGGCAGGUAUAAAGCAAUGCACAUGGUUAAUGAAUCUCGAACUAUGACGAUUAUGUGGAUGCUUCUCAGGCCAUUCCUGCCGGAAAAAAUAAGAAAGAGAGUUCAUUUCCACGCUAAAGUUGAAAAUUUAUUGAAUUAUUUUCCUGCUUCAAUGCUACCUACUGAAUAUGGAGGGAAUCUCAGAGAAUAUGACAUCAGAGACUGGCCCAGAAUCGCCAAUAAAGAGCAGAAAAAUCAUUCUCUUAAAGGACAGCCAAAUUUUUACUGA